UUAUCAAAUGCGGAACGCGUGCUUGGAGAAUUUGUUGUCAGUCAUCGUAAAGAGGCUGAGAACGCUUUAAUGAAUGGAGAUGUGGAUUGGUGGAAGGACUUGAUUGUGAAACUGGACGUCUCGCCGGGCCACGAUCAACAAAAAAUAUCCGGAUUGGAAUUGGUCAUACAACUUGCAAAAGCCGUUUGUGCUGAGCAAAACCUAGUUAAAGAACUCGAAUCGUGGCCAGUACCGCAGUUUCCAGUCAAAGGAUUGGAUCUCAUGUCAUGUGGCGUGGAUCGCGGACCUAAGAUGAAGCUCACCUUGACAUAUCUGUUUGAAAUUUGGCGGAAGAGUCGCUAUGAGAUGACUAAGGAAGAAUUGCUCAAGCAUGCUCAUGAUGAUGCUAUCCCGAAUCCUCCGGCUCCUAUGAAAAUGACUAAGAAACGUCGCCACGAAGAAGAAGCUUGA